AUGCUCUUCCUGCUCUCAUGGCCUCUUCUGAUCGUACUCUGGUUAAUUUCUCUCGUCAUCCCCGGAUCUCUGCUAGGGUCUCUGCUGGGGUACCUGUAUCCAGCAUACGCAACGUACAAGACGGUAGAGCGACGGUCGUCAGAACCGGAUGAUUUCCGCUUCUGGUGCAAGUACUGGGUGAUUAUGGCGGCAUUUCACGUCUUGGAGAGCUGCCUUUUCUUUGGCCUUAUCACCUGGCUUCCCUUCUAUGACGUCUUCAAGGUCCUCUUCUGCGUUUACCUCUGGCAUCCGCGAACUCAGGGCACACUGCUGAUCUACCACCGUGCCAUCGUGCCUGCUUUGUCGCGCCACGAGCAAGAGAUUGACCGCAGGAUCGCGGAGGUGCAGACACGUGGCAUGGAUCUGGCCGUUGAGUACUCUCGCAUUCUCGCGUCUAAGAUCAUGUCUCUCGCCAAGGCGGGCGCUGAGGCCGCCCCUAAAGUCUACGAACGUUACCAGCAGCAUGCUGCCGCUCAGCCUGCUGCUUCCACAGCAUCGACCUCCUCUUAUUCCCCUGGGGAGCUGGGCGAGAAGAUAACGGGAUUGGGUGAUCCAGUGGACUAUGACACUGGCAUUCGGGCUCGCAAGCCAACUUCUGCUACUGGGAUGGACUAG